UGUUAUCAGCUAAACCAGAGAGUUGGACAUCUGUGUGGUUGUGCUGCUGCAUCGUCUUUCUGUUACUGGAUACAGUAUUGAUUUUUUUAAUUAUUAUUAUUAUUAUUAUUAUUAUUAUUAUUAUUAUUAUUAUUAUUAUUAUUAUUAUUAUUAUUAUUAUUCAUUUUCUUUUUCUUUUGUGUGUGUCUUUGUGACCGCACUCGAAUAAAAAGAGCCUGCAUUUCAACAUCAGUAGGGUACAAGGCCCUCUUCAUUACAGUCAAGGAUGGAUGUUCUACUGUGGGUUGUUUGUUUUAUCAUUAGCCAAAUUCUUGCCACCGAUGGUAUAGAAAAUACAAGAACUGUUUUGAAGACAUAUGAUAACAGCAGAUCUGUUCUGCACAGACACAAAAGAGAUUGGAGAUGGAAUACAUUGUAUACUGAUGAAGAAAAAAAAACAACUCUACCACAUUUAAUUGGAAAGCUGUCAUCUACAAAGGUCAAUGGAAGUGCAAGGUUUGUUAUAGAGGGAGAAGGAGCUAAUACCAUUUUUAAAGUGGAUGAUCUUGGUGAUAUAUAUGCCUGGAAGACACUGGAUCGUGAAGAAAAGUCCAUCUAUCACCUCCGAGCUCAAAUAUUUGACAAAAUAACCAACAAGCAGUUGGAACCAGCAUCAGAGUUUGAGAUCAAGCUUAAUGACAUCAACGACAAUGCUCCUAGAUUCACACACAAUAGAUAUAAUGGCUCUGUUAAAGAGAUGUCUAAACCAGGAACCAGCGUGUUGCAAGUAAUAGCUGUUGAUCCAGAUGACUCCUCGGUGUCAGGCCAUGCCAGGGUCACAUACAGUAUCAUUAAAGGAGGAGAGAACUUCCGUAUUGAUUUAGACACAGGAAUAAUUACAUCAUCUAAUAUGUUGGACAGAGAACAACAGAAAACAUAUGAAUUGAUUGUGAGGGCUAAGGAUAUGCCAGAUUAUGAAGGAGGCUUUUCAAGCACUGCAUCUGUAAUAAUUACCCUGGAGGACAUAAAUGACAAUGUGGCAACAUUUACAAAGAAACAGUACACAAUUUCUGUGUUAGAAGAUAGACCUAUUGGAUCUGAGGCUGGGAUGCUCCAAAUUGAAGAUAAAGAUGAGCCACAGAACACAAAUCCAAUGUUCAGUUUUGUGAAACGAGAUUUUAGGGGUCUCUUUGACGUUGUUUCAGACAAUAUCACAAAGAAUGCGGUCAUUGUUUUAAAACAGCCCCUUGACUAUGAGAAAGUAAAGACGUACACUAUGGAAGUCGAAGUGACUGAAAUCACUACAGUCCCCCCUGGUAAAAGGGAGGUACAGGGUAACACCAGGGCGAUGGUGUUUCUCAAUGUUAUAGAUGUAGACGAGCCUCCUGUAUUCCAGCGUCCUUCUUACUUCUUCAGUAUUUUUGAGAACGCCUCCCUUGGCACUCAUGUAGGCUCUGUUUUUGCAGCAGAUCCAGAUGAAGCCCGGAAAAGUGUAAGAUACUCCAUCAAUGGAGGAAAUGCUAUCACGAUUAACAGAGACUCUGGAUCUAUUAAAACAAGUAAUAACCUGGACCGGGAAAUGAAUGCCUGGCACAAUGUCACUAUCACUGCAGUAGAAGACGGUCCUGGAGGUAAAGAAUCCACAGUUUCUAUGUUCUUGAAGGUUCUUGAUAUAAAUGACAAUUCUCCAAAAUUGGAUUAUGAAUAUGACCUCUUUGUAUGUGCAAAUGCCAGACCUGGAAAGGUAAUACAGACAAUUGCCGCUAGUGACAAAGAUGAAAUGACUACUGGACAAAAAUUAAGCUUCUAUUUAGAUCAUGCCCACAGCAACUUCUCACUUGUGGACAAUCAUGACAACACAGCGAACAUUACUUUAAAACAAGGGGGCUUUAACCCAGAUGAAAAGAAAACAUAUUUCCUUCCUGUCAUUAUCUCUGACAAUGGUAAGCCGCAGCUCAUAAGUACCUACACCCUGGAGAUUGUAGUCUGUGGAUGUGACGCGAAUGCAGAAGCAGAGGCCUAUUCCUGUAGGGGACUCUACAAAGAGACGAGAGUUAGUGCCCACGCCCUUGCAGUCAUUCUACUCUGCAUCGUCGCCAUUUUAGUCAUCACAUUGUUCAUUGUCAUAAGAAAAUUCAAGAAAGACUCACUGGUCAGUUUGGGAAAGAGCUCCGGAGAAAUCCACGAGCAGCUUGUGUCGUAUGAUGAAGAAGGGGGCGGAGAAAUGGACACUAACGGUUACGAUGUCUCUGUGCUCAACUCAGUUCGGCACAACAGCAUGAGGCCUAGACCAGAGGCACAGCCUGGGCCUUGCCUAUACGCAACAGUCCAGAAGCCUGCAGCAAAGGGUGACAUGGCCGUCAUGAUUGAAGUGAAGAAGGACGAAGCUGACCACGACCGAGAUGGGAUCCCCUACGACACACUGCACAUCUACGGAUACGAAGGCUCAGAGUCUCUGGCCGGGAGUCUCAGCUCCCUAGAAUCUGCUUCAUCUGACUCGGACCUGGACUACGACUUCCUAAACGACUGGGGGCCUCGCUUUAACACAUUAGCUGAACUCUAUGGUGUAGACGGCACUGAGAACGGCUAUGAAUAUUAAUUCUUCAACAAUUAUUAUUGUUGUUAUUUUUUUUUUUUUUUUGGGAGGGGGCGGGUAUUUUGCUAAAGUAAGUAAGUAAUAAGGGUGCUCAAACAGAUCAUUAAGUAACCAAUUUUUUAGUUUUUUUUUUUUUAUAUUCAAUGGAAUGGCAAGAAGGGAAAUAUUGUUGGUUAUAAACUGGCGGAAAACAUUGCUGGUAUUUAGCUGUUGACAUGUCCAACAGAAAAAAUAUAAUUUUAACAGGAAAAACUGACAAUAUAGUGCAGGAAUAUUUUGGAACAGCUUUUGCAUGCCUUUGAUGGCAAUUAUGAUGUAUUUGACAGCUUAGUGACAUAGAUACUGUGGAAGGCUAUGACAGAUCUACUGCCUACAUUGCAAGCAAUUUCUACAUAUAUCAUCCCAAUAUAAACUGUUAUAAUGUGAAACCCCAAAUCACGUUAUGGUUUUCACAUUAUAACAGAAAGAAGAUGUUUACUCUGUAUAUGUUGAUCAUGUCUGUCCAUAUUCACCUACAUCCAUUAAACAUUAACUAUCUGCAUUACACACCGUUUACAUAACGUUCCUAAGCUUUCUGUCCAGAAUUACAUGUUUGCAAAUGUUCUGUCGAUGCUGGAUUCACUUAAUAGAGGCUUACUGUUUGUUUUCCUGUUUAGCACCCUUGAAUCCAGUGCCUAAACAAUGCAAAAGAAAAAUAAAACACUAGAAUGAACUUCCUGAACUUCUGUUUCAGCGGAAACACGAUUCCUGCACUGUCAUUAUAAAGUUUUUAUAGCACAUUGUUUGGUUCUUCCUGUUUGCAAGGCUGGAAAGAAAUUUGUUCGGGAAUAAUACUGUUCUUUUGAUCAUACUGCCUGUACCUAAAGGCCAGGAUCCAUUCCUUGUUCCUAACCGAAUAAUAGUUCUUAAAACAACCAUGUUCCACAUCCAUUUUCAAUGUUUUUCAAAUUCAGAUGUAAUUCGGCCCACCUGUGCUCAUCCAGGUCAUAGUAGCUGGUUGUUCUCAAACUACCCUCUGUGCAAAGUCUGUCUCAGCUUAAUUUCCAGCUGUGUCCCGUGGUCCUGGUUUCUGAACUGUGCUUCAAGUGUUUUUUAACAUAAAGUUUAAAAAACUUAAAUCGAGUCUCUCUGAUUAUGCUGUAUGUUAAAUAAAUAAGGCUCAAUGCAUUCCUUCACCUGUCUUUAUUGCCCCUGGAUUAGUGUCUAUGUUGGCCUCUCCAAGGUUAACAAACAUUCACAAAAAGUUAACAAAAAAAUAAGUAAAUUAUAAAAAUGUAAUUGUGCAUUGUGCGAGCAAGUUGUUAAAAUGGAAAGAUCUGUCUCACAAGAGUCAUUAAGGUCAUUAAAAUGAUGCAAUUGUAAAUUCUACCUUGAUAUUCACAACUGCCUAAAGUUUUUAAAUACUGGGCCCUGUUCACAAAAGUUUAAAAAAUGUUUUGAAAACUAUUUUCGUAGAUUAAACAAUUAUUUUGAAAACUAACAAUAAACUCUAAAACAGUGGGAAAUAGUUUUGUGCUCUGCAAACUCAAUUACUAAAAUGGGACUUUUAAAAAGUCUUUUAUUUGGGCUUUUAAUGAGAACAUAUAACUGUGUUCCUGUAAACAGCAAGUGUGAAACUAUUAACUACCACUUUAUUUGAUGUGUUUUUUAUUAUAUAUGGGUUUAAGGUUGAUUAUUUUAUAAUACUUUUAAUUUCUGCUUUAUAAUGUUUUGAUUAAUAAGCCAUUGUAUAUGUGAACAAUUUAUAUUAUUUUCUACUAUUAAAAUGUGUAAGCACCUAUAACUGAACUAUUGCUGUGACAUGUCUACUGCCAAUGUCAGGUCAUUUACCUGAAACUGUGUAUCUUUUUAAUGAAAUCUGAGUCCCAUCACUGUA